GUCCUGGGCGGGCGGGCGGCGAUGGGGUGGCCGUGCGAAGCGCUGCGCGGAGCGCUGUGCGGCCUGCUGGGCGCCCUCCUCCUCGGCCCCGCCGCCCGGACCCAGCCCUGCAACGACAGACCGGUCCUCGGAAUACUGAUGCAAGAGUGUGACUUUCAAGCUUUCCAGAGCUUGGGGAAAUACUACAUUGCUGCUUCCUAUGUGAAGUACCUGGAGUCCGCAGGCGCAAGAGUCGUACCAAUAAGCCUAACUCUUUCAGAAGAAGAGUAUGAAACACUUUUCCAGUCUAUCAACGGGGUCCUUUUUCCUGGAGGAAGUGUGGAUCUGCAGACUUCGCAAUAUGCUAGCGUGGCCAAACUACUGUACAACAAAGCCCUAAAGGCUAAUGACAAAGGAGACUAUUUCCCAGUGUGGGGAACCUGCCUUGGAUUUGAAGAGCUCACAUUCCUGGCCAGUGGGGAGAAGCUUUUGACUCUGACAAACACUCACGGGCUGGCCCUACCCCUGAACUUCACUUCAGCUGCAAAGGGAAGCAGAUUGUUCCAGAAUUUCCCAAGUGAUUUAUUGGAGGCGUUUGCGUCGGAACCUCUGACUUCCAACUUCCAUUAUUGGAGUGUCUCCACGCAGAAUUUCACAAGGAAUAAGGGACUGCAUGACUUCUACAAGAUUUUGACAACCAAUGUGCAUGGGCAAAUUGAAUUUGUCUCCACGAUGGAAGCAUACGCCUAUCCAAUCUAUGGCGUCCAGUGGCACCCGGAGAAAAACGCCUUUGAAUGGAAGAAUGUAACCGGCAUACCCCACUCACCGUUGGCUAUGAAAACCGCGUACUAUAUGGCUGACUUCCUCGUGAACGAAGCCCGCAAGAGCCAACAUCGUUUUGCCAGUGAAGAGACUGAGCUCAAGGCCUUGAUUUAUAAUUAUGCCCCCGUUUUCACUGGGAAUAUUUCUGGAUUUCAGCAGUGCUACUUUUUUGAUUGAGUAUUCCCCGAAAGGUAUGUUAGACAGAAACACAGCCCUCUGUGGCUGGAGCUACUUGUUCUGAAUUUUGUAAUUAAUGUCGGACCUGGCCAUAGUGGAAUGAUAGAGCAAUUCUUCCUUUCCUGGAAUGUGAUUUAUUGCUUGUUUUGCCUCUUUAAGGAAAUUCCUACCAGCUCUCCAUUCAGUGAUGUGACCAUCUAGGCCGUAUUUUAGCAUAGGCUAGAGGGAGGCACCCUGGCACCCUUUAAGGGGAAAGUAUGCCACUUGCUUUCUGCACCUCAGAAUGACUUGGGCUGCCAAUACUUAAUUCAUGCUGUAUAGAGGGAAAUUUCCAUUUGGAAAAUAUCCAGGACUCUUCACUUCUAGUUAGACUAGCUUAGGCUUUAAUCACAAUUAGAGUUUCUUGGAUGGAUGACAAUUAGCUGGAAAACCAAGCACUCUUUCAGUGACUGCCAUCUAAGGAUUGAGCUUUUGAAUGACCAUCACUUCAUGUGUGUUCAAGGUCCUUGCCAAUUUUUCCAAUCUCUAAGCCAUUUACUCAAGAAGCUUAUAGUUUUAUGGGAAGCUUAUCUUCAUUGACUUACUAAGCUUCUCCGUUGUUAGAAGAGAGUAAGCAGACAUCACUGUAGGCCAGCUAACCUUCAAGCCUGAUCUUACUUCCUUCCCCUAGAGAGGGAGGAGGGGAUGGUCUAGGGCAGGAGAUUGAAGUGGAUUUAGUGGUGUCCAUUGGGUGACCUCUGUCAGUGUGAGGGUCUGUACUGGAAAAAGGAAAAAAGGGAGGCUUUGUGAUUUGUGUAGGAGGAGGGAGAUGCAGUCAAGUAUUGGAGGGGUUAAAGAAACAGUCCCAGAACCUAAAGAACAGGACAGUUUGUCACACAGUUUUAAUGGGAGUUCUUAUACUGUUGGCCAUGGCCAGAAACAAUCCUUGACUGAAAUUGUAGGAACCAGUGUGAGAUAUGUAAAGUGCUUGUAUCCAAAAGUUGUAUUGGAGCAUUAUAAAAUACCUGUAGUGUUUACAAACCAAUUCUGUGUGCAUGAGAAAUGCAUGUCCGUGGGAAUGAGCCAUAAUUUUAUUUCAGUGUAUGUAAAGAUUUUUCUUUGGAUUAAUUCUAUUUUGCAAGCCUUUUUUCACUGACAUGGUUAAGGAAUUAUCAUCUUCUGUGGCCCUUAGAAAUAAAAUUCACUGAAGCAGACC